AUGCCCAUUUCUCUUUUAGACCUACCAAGUGAGCUCCUAGACCGAAUCGUCGAGCUGGUCUUGCGCUACGAAGUCCCUGCCCCGGAACGUCCCCUACCAGGAUGGCAGAACUACGUGCCUUGGCCCCGCCAAGACGGGGACUGUCUUUCGGCAGCGCACGGGGUUUCGACCGUCAAAUACUGGCGGGCGCAGGAGAGAUAUCAUGAGGCGUGGACAUCUAACCCUUUAUCGCUUCUACUUGUCAAUCACCAGAUUGCCGAAGUAACCAAGCGAAGACUGGAUAAGUCACUUACGCCAUCGGUGUUCAAGCUCGAUGUAAUCCUGAGCGACGAGAGGGAGCUACAUCCACGCUGGUGCUUUCUUUCCACCCCCUGUCGCCAUGUGGAGGAUCUCACAGUCACCUUCAGGGCGGUUGGCUCCUGUCCAACGUCGUCUUGGCGCAGAUACCACUUUCUACCCGACGGUGACGCCCCACCCCGAAUUGUCUGGACCUUCUACUAUCUGUUGGAACGCUUCCUGGAAGUUGGCCCUUUGGCGGAGCAUAGAGUCGCCAGCGUUGGACCCCGUACGGAUGAGAUGUCGUUUACGAUCAACCGGUUAACCCUAGACUUUGUCUCACCCGCUAAGGAGGAAACGUUAGCACCGGCUGGUGAGAGUUUCUGGGGCUGGAUAAAUUGUGCCGAUGAAGAUCACUCAAAAUCAUCCACAUCACUUUGUACCGGGGGUCUCGCCUUGCCCAUGCGACCGGAAUGGUUGGCCGAUUUGAUCAGUGAAUAUAUUGGAUAUCUUCUGGGCAUGGGUAUCUCGAUGGCACCUUAUGGAAAGAUGUUGUAUGAGUAUGUGGGAAGCGUCAGGGUCUGUGUCGAUGGGAAACUGAUAAAGGAGUAUCGAAUUGACUACAGGUUAAAGGACCUGAAUUAUGUUGGCCUCGAAGAAGAUUACAAAGCGUACUGGGAUUUUCCACGGUGGAAAGAGAAGGUUUAUAGUAUGCGUCAAAAGGCCGGGCUUCCUGUUAUUCUGUGA